AUGUCUUCACAACAAAUUACCUCUAAAGAGAUUCCAAUCAUAAAAAAGGCAGAGCCUGGUACAUCCAUACCAGAAAAUUAUAGUAGGACACCUUCAGGAACAAUCUAUUCUAGUACACCUGGAGGAACAAGAAUAAUUUAUGAUCGUAAUACUUUACUUAAUCUAGCAAAUUCACCACUUGCAAAAACACCACCAACAAAAUUACCAUACAUUCCUGUUGAUUCUAAUCAAAGUGGCAAUAUUAGUAGCGGGGGUGAAAGUGGUGAUGAAGAUUCAAGUAAUCAUAAUACACAAGGAUAUAAAGACGAUCAUGACCAUGGAGUAUUUGAUAUUGACAUGGAAUGA